AUGCAGCGAUUGACCAGAAUCUCGAGCAUCCGCGGGCUCGCUCGGGAUCCCCCUCCUCCGCAGAAGCAGCAAUGCAGCGCCCUUCACAUGGAGCAUCGGAGGAGGCGGAGACGUCUCGGGCGAGGAGCACCGCUGCGGAACACAUCCAGACUUUUUGAACUGCCAAACAUUGUGUUAGACCUCGACGCCGAAGAUAAUCCACAUGUGCGUCCAUACAACGACGCCGAUGAGGAGGCCCAGGUUGCGAAAUGGUCAUCGAAUCCCGACCACGCUUCACUCCUGCUUCGACAAAGAUCCUUCUCCAGCGAGGCUCACCAGGCGAAAAGGAUCCUUACCUCGACCGUCCACAAUCCCACGCCGUGGCGAGUCACCGACCAGGAUCUCCUAUCUGCUGCCCUCCUCAGCUCGACCCCCAGCGCAUCAACAACAAGCGGGCUGCAGAACCCUGCUGCAGUAUUCGAUCAAUUACUUUACUACAAUGGCGUAGCACAUCGGAUGAGUAAUGAUGGCGCGAAGAUGGUCCACACCUUGCUGCACCGACAAUCCAUUGCUCGGGAGCUCGACCACGAGUUGCACGAGCCUGAAUACCGAAAGGCCCUCAUGGGCUGCAAUGGAUUUGAGCAAGUGAGAAGAAUGCUCACAGAACUCCUGCAAACCUCGGACGGCUGUCUGCUCCUGUCUCGCUGCGCACGCGAUGUCAGACAGCGUCUCGCGGUCUUCCUCGAGGAUAAAUCAAAAGACUAUGUGUCCAAGAUACUUGUUUUGUUGAACAACAUUAGCAGCACCUUUGCGGCAAAGAGCGUCCCGCUACCCCUGCCGCUGUGCGGCAUUGGUCUUCAAGCUGCCUCGAUCGCUGGCGAGCUUGCUGCAGUCCAGAGGUAUCUCGGCACAGCCCUCGAGGAGGGGAUCAAUGGACAAGCCAAAGAGAGACGAACUACAGCCACUCGCGUCGUUGGUCCAGCUCUGGAGACUCUUCUACGCAAUACCCGGGAUCGGGACCCUUCGGCAUUACAGGCUGCAUGUAAGGGGACGAGGACGGAUCUGUAUACACUCUUAACGGGCCGAAGCUUGUCCGGCUGUGCGAUCAAACCUUCCUUCCGUGCUACUCUGUGGCCCCUCAAUUAUGGGUCAUCAGUGUAUGCUCCGUACCUGGCUCUCUUGGGAGAACUUGGGGCGGUCCGUACUCUUUGGCAUGAAUAUCGUCGCAUGCCGGCUCGUGUUAAGGCAGUCGGCAACGAGGCUCAUCAACAACGCUUAGAUGUCUUGGUUGCUGCGGUCCUCCGCCAUGCAGAACCGCUGACGGAAGGGAGUGCGACUGACGAGCAAGGAGUUUUCAUGUGCGGAGACGAGUCGUCGGACUCCAAGCUGGAUCUCCAAAGGCUUUCUAUGCGCGAUCAGCAAGAUGCAUCUCGCAGCCUCGCGCCCGGCACUCUAUUGACACUGCGCACUCCCGUGCGGGAGGCUGCGCCGACACUUCCAGACCCGCGUGCUGAUCAACAAUUUCGCGAUGGCGUACAGCAUGCGUUUGAGCAGCCCCAGGCGAAUGUGGCCAUGGAGGCGUUGACCAGUUUAUGUGCGUCGCCGUAUGUCGACAAGUGGAGGAGCACAAUGGAACAUAGGCCUGAGAUUCUCGCGGCCGAGUCGUGCGAAGCCGAGCGAGAACAUGUACUUGUUUAUGUUUAA